AUGUCUUCCGCCCAGCAGCGUCUCUCCCAAGUCUCCUCCCACUUCGGCCCUGGUGGCAAGAAGGGAGCCUCUGCAAUCACCGAGAAGCACCCCGAUGAUAUUGUCGUGACAUGUGCUCUCCGCACAGCCCUCACCAAGGGCGGCAAGGGUGGCUUCAAGGACACCGCUGCUGCUGAUUUGCUGGCCGGUGUCUUCAAGGGUGUUAUCGACCGCAGCAAGAUUGACCCCUUAGCUGUCCAGGAUAUUGCCGUUGGUUCUGUCCUUCCUCCCGGCGGUGGUGCUACCGAGUUCCGUGCUGCCUCUCUUCUCGCUGGUUUCUCCGAGGGUACUGCCGUCAAGGCCCUGAACAGACAGUGCUCGAGUGGUCUCCAGGCAAUCGUUGACAUUGCCAAUGCUAUCAAGUCCGGCAUGAUCGAUGUCGGUAUCGGUGCCGGUGUUGAGAGCAUGUCCUCUCAGUAUGGACCCGGUGCUGUGACUGAAUUCUCCGAGCUCCUCGAAAGCCACCCCGAGUCUGCCAACUGCAAGGUUCCUAUGGGUGUUCUCUCCGAGCAGAUGGCCAAGGACCGCAACGUCACCCGUGCUGCCCAAGACGCAUUCGCUGCUGCUUCAUACCAGAAGGCCGCCAAGGCCCAGGAUGCAGGUCUUUUCAAAGAGGAGAUUCUUCCCCUGGAGGUCAAGUGGACUGACCCCAAGUCCGGUGAGGAGAAGACCAUCACUGUCAAGGAGGACGAUGGUAUCCGUCGAGGCAUCACCGCCGAGUCCCUCGGCAAGAUUCGCCCCGCUUUUGCCAAGGACGGCUCCAUCCACGCCGGUAAUGCUUCCCAGAUUUCCGACGGCGCUGCCGCCGUUCUGUUGAUGAAGCGCUCCACUGCUGAGCGCCUGGGCCAGAAGAUCCUUGGCAAGUACGUCUCCGCCAGUGUGGUGGGUGUCAAGCCGUUGCUCAUGGGUGUUGGCCCCUGGAAGGCCAUCCCAGUCGCCCUUGAGAAGGCUGGAAUCACCAAGGAUGACGUGGACAUUUACGAAAUCAACGAGGCUUUCGCUUCCCAGUGCGUGUGGUGUGUCAAUGAACUCGGUAUCCCCCAGGAGAAGAUCAACCCCAAGGGUGGUGCCAUUGCCUUUGGACACCCUCUUGGCUGCACUGGAUCUCGCCAGAUCAGUACCCUCUUGACAGAGCUGAAGCGCACCAACAAGAAAAUUGGUGUCUCUAGCAUGUGCGUGGGUACUGGUAUGGGAAUGGCUGCCGUCUGGGUUGCCGAAUAA